UCCCAGGCAAAAAUUGGGAAUUUCUCUUCUGACGCCUUUCUAUUCCCCUCCUACAAUGCUUUUGGCUUAGCCCGGCUGCUUAGGGCGUAGCCAGGGGUGCUGACGCAUCCAUGUCCACGACACGUGCCUUUGUAUAUCUUUCUUCGUUAGUCUUCGCAUAGGUGCUUCUCAUAUACUUGCUAAUGGUUUGCCACAUAAAGAAGACUGCGCUGCAAAACGCAAGACGCCCAUAGCCUAGGGCUCGGAGUCAGGCGCCUUGACGAUAGUUAGGUGCGAGGGCUACCAACUAGAGAGCGAGUGUUCACCGUUUAGUAGGAAAAUCAAAAACAUCUUUUGUGUGAAAGCCCUGAUAGGACAAGCCGCGGUGGUUUCGCACGCCUGUCCCUUUGCGAUGGAAGGCGACGCAGCUUCUAAUAGCAGUCAAAGUGACGCCCGCCAAUGCCGUAUUUGCUGGGGCGAGGAGGGUGAUCCCGCUGCGGGGCUCAGCCUGGUCUCGCCAUGCAAAUGCUUGGGAAGCCUCAACUAUAUACACGUCCGAUGUCUUCGCGACUGGCAACAGGUGUUGCGUUCUCAGAACCAAUUCCACAAGGCUCGUCACUGUGAGAUAUGUAAACAGCCAUAUCGCCUGUCGCAUCCCGCUGGCUGCGGUGGCAGAGGCGGCAGUGGAUGGUGGGCCUGCAUUUCGCAUGCGACCUCCCGCGCCUCCCAGAACCUGCUUGACUCGCUGUCCUGCCGCUCCUACCUGGCGCUGCUGUACCGCGGCUGGAAGCUGUACGUGCUGGGCAGCAGCCUGAUGGGCGCCACGCGAGUGGGCCUGGCGGGGCUGCGAGCGGGCUUCAGCAUGGGCAAGACGCUGGUGGAGGAGCAGACCAGCAUCCUGCUCAGCCUGCUGUCGGCGCUGGGGGAGCUCAUGGGCACACCCUUCGCGGAGCUGCUGUGGUGCCAGGCGGUGGCGUGUGUUGCCUUCGCGCUGGUGUCGGAGAUGCUGUACACCAGCGCACUGGGGCUGCUGGCGGGGGGCGCCAUCGGCUUCUUCAGGGGCUAUGUCGCUGCCGUGCACUCCUCCUUCCGACUGCUCACCUCGGGCCUGGCUCGCUCGCUGUGUGCGGGGCGGCGGCUGGGCAAGGUGGCGGCGCUGGCGCUGCGGCUGCCGGGGGGGGCGCUGCGGGCGGCGGCGGCGCUGGCAGCCAAGUCCCUGCCGGUGAAGCUGCUGCUGCUGUGAUGUGAUGGGGUUUACCAGUAGACUGAGUCGCGAAGAAACACUGAUGGGUGGGAUGGCGAGGCCGAGGUAACCACCACCAUCUAGUGCACGAAUACGCACUAUACGGUAAUGAUGGUGGUGGUGGUGGUGGUGGUGGUGAUGAGGGUUGGCGGAAGCGAUGAUAGCUUUAUGAUGAGGAGCCACCUGGGAGGAAGAGGGGGGGGGCGCGGUGCGGUGCGGAGGGUGGGUUGCAUGUGGGUGAUGGCUGAUGGGGGUUGAGCCUGCUGCUGCUGCUGGGGAUAUGGUGUUUGUGAGAGGGUGCUACACUUGCUUGCUUGCUGAGGAGGAGGUUAGGAGGAGGGAUGGCGGGUGAUGAUUUGCUCACAAGGUUGGGUUCCAGGAGGCAGCACAGCAGGGUUAUGUUGCCUGCGCAGGCGUGUUGAGGGCUGCUCAUUUUGCCAGGUGCAGGCUGCAGAGAAAUGUAAGCGAGAGGUGGUACCGGUAGCUCUUGGAAGUGGUUAUCGUUGGUCGGUCGUCAUGGAGGCAGUUGAGCCUGUGGUGUGUACGGUACCGAGGCUGUGAGAUAAGAUCUUGAGUGUUGUGGCCUGCCGGGUGACGGCCUGUCGGGCAUGUUGCUUGCUGGUGGGUGGCACUCAGCGGGUGUCGUGUUGUUCGCAAAGCAAGACAUGUGUUUGUACCUGUGCCAAUGAUAGGCCUUGUAGAUCUCGUAUGUAUCUGUAGCUUCUCCUACUUCUCGUAUCAUAGCUCUGCUGCUCCUUCCUAGCCGUUUGUAACCGAUAGAGAAGACGUUAGGUGUUGAUUGUUAUGACCCAUGGGUCCCUUCAAACGUUGUAGUUGUAUAUUGUGGCUUCUUUUGCUGUUGACGGACGCCAAUGCACAAGGGCACAUUCGGGGGAAGGGAGCAUGCAAAGGGCAUGCAAUCGUGUGUAUUUCCGGACAGGUGUGUUGCUCGUACGGAAGAAGUUCAGGUACGACUGGUACUGCUCACUGGUUUCAUGGUAUCGUUCAGAGCCCAAGACGUCAAAGAGUGUGGGGUUGACCCAAGCGGACCCGCGUCAUACCUGUGAUGACUGGAAAAGUUUUGGAUUUGACGGUUGGCAUUGGCGGUUGGCCCUGUCUGUACAACACCCAAACUGUAUACCCUUGUAGGAUCUGUGCUCCUCAUGCCCUUUAAGCCGCUGUAUUCUCACGGGCAGUUGUGUGGCGGCAUUUUGUUUCAGUUGUGCCAAUUUUGCAGACAACAGGUUUGGGCACCGCGAAGUGUGUUUGUGUGUUUGUGCCCAGGGGACAUAGCGGGUUCAAUGCUCCGAAGCUUGAGUCCACUUGCUUUGUGUACCCUCACUUACCUCGUCCGGGUUAUCCCUCCUCGGACCUGGCAGUACAAGUGUCGUUGUCAAAUGUACGGUUUAUUAGUGGUAGGCUUGUACAUGUAGGUGUACGACAUUUAGUUGUAACUACCUACGUUUGCUCCGGGAUGGUAAGAAUGCGGCAUGCUGUUAAUCGUAGGCUGCUGGUCGCUGGUUUGAGUAUAAGCAUUUCAUUAGGGCAUUUGGUAGACACAAAUCACGCAGCCCUAUACCUACAUGCCCGUUGCCAGUGAAUGGAGUUUGUCCGUAAUUUACAUGCACGGCACAAGAGGGCCUUAUGAGCCUGGCCUUGCUAAUGGUCCUUUCCUGUCCUACACCCCUGCUACACCUGCAAAAUAGUCCUCACCAGAAAGAACGGCAUCGUAGUACUUGCUCUUCCCCUGACAGAGGAAAGAAGCAAAGACACAACUAUGGCGGAACCAACCAAAAUAUCAC